AUGAACUCAUACAUUGUGGUUGUACUGCUGUGCUGUAGCUAUUCCUCGCUAGUAAUUGCCGAAACCAAUGACAGAAAUGGAAUCAGAAUUCCCCAUUGGACAGAAGUGUGUCCAUUAGCUGCACAUCCAGAUCCUAACCGCUUUAUUCAGUAUAAACCUGACAGAGAACCAGUGGAGAAGAAGUGCGAUGAAGGGUUAAUCUUCAGUUACGAACAGUGUUCGUGUAUUUGGGGCCCUCCUCCAGGUUGUGAUAAGCGGCCCUCAAAGCUUGGUAUUACCUAUUACGAGCAGAACUCAAACAACUACUGGUUAACUAUGGUGUGUGCAAUGGGGACGGCAUUCAGUCCUUCUACAUGUGAUUGUUCUGUCCAUCUUAGAAUAAAUCAUGUCAACAAUAAUCCAUUUGGGCAGCCAACAACGAGAUAGAGCCAAUUUGAUUUCAAUUAAGGACACGUUCAUAGGAUAAAUGUUCAAUUAUUGAUUGUUAGUGG